UUACUUACUUGCUUUUAACCUCUUUGUCAUGAGUUGGCUUGUAUGUUAUUAUUUCUUCUCUUUUCUUCUCUUUGUUCCUCAGGCAGGGAAAAUGGAGAAAGAACAGUUUUUUUAGCAUCAGCUUUUCUCUCAUGCUCAUAAAUUCUGAGUCUUUCUGCUGUUUCCUAAUUGGGUUUUCACAUUCAUUGUGUUUGGCUUCUCCCCUUCUCCCUUUCCUUAGCUUCUAAUAUCUUUCCCAAUUGAGUUAAGCUUAAGUUGAAGCUGCAGAAGAAGCAUAAGUUUUUCUCACUAAAAGUUGUUAUUUUCUUUUUUGUUUCUCUUAAAAAUAAAUAAAUUACAAGCAGUUUCUAGUUCUUUUUUAAUUGGUUAUUGCUCUGUGUCUCAAUUCCAGUUUAGUAUCUGAUAGGUAAGUUCAUUGGGUUUAUAGAUCUUACAAGUGGUUCUAGGGUUAUCCUUUUGAGACCAAUCAGAUAAUAUAUAAUAGUCUUUAACAUCAAUUUGUAGCAUUCUCUCUUAUUUUUUGAUCAAGUGGGUCUAUUCUAGAAUCCUGAGGAGUCUCAUACUCAUUGAUAAAGCAACAGCUUGUCUUUGUAAAUUGAUUUGAUGAAGUGGGAAAUGGAAAUCCUCUCUUCUGCACCUUGUACUCCAAACUCCAACUCAGACUCCGAUUGGUUUGUGGAAGACAACAGGAGCAGUAAAUGGACUCGUACAGAGAACAAGCUGUUUGAAAAUGCUCUUGCAGUGCAUGAUAAGGAUACCCCAGAUCGGUGGCACAAAGUGGCUGAAAUGAUACCGGGAAAAACAGUUAGGGAUGUGAUGAGGCAGUACAAGGAUUUAGAAGUUGAUGUUAGCAAUAUAGAAGCUGGUUUGAUCCCAGUUCCUGGCUAUAGUACUACUACCUCACCCUUCACCUUAGACUGGGUCAACACUCCUGGGUAUGAUGGCUUUAAAGGAAGUGGAAAGAGAUCUUCCUCAGUGAGACCUCCUGAGCAAGAAAGGAAGAAAGGAGUGCCAUGGACUGAAGAGGAACAUAAAUUGUUUCUAUUGGGUCUGAAGAAGUAUGGCAAAGGUGAUUGGAGAAAUAUUUCCCGCAACUUUGUUAUUACUCGAACCCCAACUCAGGUAGCUAGUCAUGCUCAGAAAUACUUCAUCAGACAACUUUCAGGAGGCAAAGACAAGAGAAGAGCUAGCAUCCAUGACAUAACAACGGUUAAUCUCACAGAAACCAUCACAACUUCUUCAGAAGACACCAAUAGAUCCACUUCACCACAGCAUUCCAUGAUGCAGCAAAAUUCUACUGCCACUACACCUAGAACUCAUUUUCAGUGGAAUAAUCAGCCAAAUGCAGAAGGAGCUAUGCCUCUCAACCCUGCAUAUGAAAAAGUCUUCAUGUCUCCUUAUGGUGUUAACUCCUUUGGGCUUAAAAUGCAGGGUCAAAAUCUGCACAAGGGUGUUCAUGAGUCUUCUUACUUAGGACCUCAGACACAUAACAUGGUUUUCCAAAUGCAACAGUCCUCACAACACUAUUCCCAUGCAUAAUGGUCGUUGUAGUGAAUUAUUAAUGGUUAGAAUCAGGAUCUUCUGUUCAGUUCAAUAGUACGUAUAGUGUUUGUGCUUUUUCCCAAGUUCCAUGUGAAUAUCUUACAUUAGAAUAUUGGUUAGUUCUUGGUAUAUGAACUUGAAGGAAGGUACAGACAUUUGUUUCUUCAACAAAUAAAAGCUUCCUGAAAGGCACAAGCCGCGAGGCUAGCAAGUCCCCAGUGUUGGGUCAAGGGUUGUUUUUCUAUGUUGUCUGAGAAUAAUGGAUUUCAAGCCAAGUUUAUGAUGAAAUGUCAAUUUAGAGGAAAAGAGGAACUUUAAGUUUGAAACUAGCAAGGCAUUUUUUAGUGGGGAAAUGAUCCGUUUACAAUUUUGUUUUACAAAUUACACUAAGUAUAAUCGGUCAUACACUCUUGAUUAGUGUAUGAUCGAUCAGACAUAGUAUAGUUUGUAAGAGUUUGUAAACAAAAAAUUUGUAAAUAUAACAUUCUCCUUUUAUACAUGCGGAGGUUACUGU